AUGGGACAGUGCACUGCUGCUGUUGCCGAAGCCGUUCAGGUGUUCAACCGCAUAGACAUCCUGCUCUGCUGCAAUUUUGAGGCCGUGGUAGGCACGGUCGAGGAGCUGUCCACAUCAAUGGCCACACAGAAUCUUGUCCGGGACCAGUUUGAGACCAUCUUCUUCUCACAGGUCAACUUCAUCAAGGCAGCGCUGCCGCAGUUCCGAGCACAACACACUGGGCACAUUAUGGUCCUGACAAGCAUUGGAGGGCAUAUAGGGACACCGGGCAUGCCCAUCUACACGGCUGCUACUUGGGCCCUGGAGGGCUUCUGCGACUCACUGGCCUAUGAGAUUGCGCCUUUCAACAUCAAAGUAACCGUGGUCCAGCCGAACAAGGAGAUCCAGUCUCUCACGAACAAGAUUGUCUUCGCCCCCCAACUGCCCUGGUACGACAGCGAGAACAAUCCAGCCCCUAGCAUACGGGACAUGCUGAGUAAUGUAUUGAACACGCACCCGGACACUGUGAUCGAGCCGUCAGAAACAGAGAUCUUGUACCGGUAUCCCAAACUGCCAAGCGCGGCGGUGGACAGGCUGGUGAUGGAAACGGUGCAUGCUUUGACGGCUAUUGGAGGGCACGAGAACCCCCCUUCUCGACAUAUUGUAGGCCUCGAGGGGAGCACUGCUGUCAGAGAGAAGCUGAAGACGGUCACAGAAGAGUUGGAGGAUUUUGUCGAGGCUACUCUCGCGGUUGAUAUCUUUGAGAGUGAGCUGAAGGCCGAAGCGAGGGAAGGGAAGACCAAAGCUGAUUCCACGGGAUUUGUGUCAUCAUGA